CAUAAUCAAUCCACUACAUCCUUCACCUACUACCUCAAUGGCCUUUCAAAGCACAAGUCCCCAUCAUCUCCUGUAGGAGUGAUGGACUUUCCAUGGCACAGUGGGAAUGUUUUAGAACAGCUGAACCAUCAGAGAGAGCUGGGUCUGCUGUGUGACUGCACAUUCGUAGUAGAUGGAGUGGAUUUCAAAGCCCACAAGGCUGUCCUGGCAGCCUGUAGCACCUACUUCCACACACUCUUCCUGGACCAGAAGGAUGUUGUGCAUUUAGAUAUCAGUAAUGCUGCAGGUCUUGGGCAAGUCCUGGAAUUUAUGUACACUGCAAAGCUGACGCUGAAUCCACAGAAUGUUGAAGAUGUACUGGCUGUAGCUACAUUCCUUCAGAUGCAAGAGAUCAUCAAUGCCUGCUCUGCAUUCAAGACAAUCGCUGUCCCUUCUGUGUCUAACAAUGGUGAAUCAGGGCAGGUGGAGCAUCAAAAGCUGGUUAAAAAUGAAAAUGCUUCCCUCAUAAAACAGAGCAGUCAUGGUGUAAUGCAGAGUGGGGGUCCUGAGGCUGAUGAAGCUCCUUCAUCAAAGAACACAGAGGAACAGCAAGCUAGAUGUAGCACUACUGAGAGCCAAAGCACAGAAACCAAAAAUGGCACAAAGGCUGGAAAACCUAAAGUCGCUCAGCAACCCAGGCAAAAGAAAUCUGAAGAUGCACUCAUCAAAAGAGAAACAGAGAAGGAAAGUGCAUCAAAGGAAACCAUGGAGUAUCAAGAUGAUCUGUCAGAUGCAGAUUACUCACCCAAGCUGUCACAAAGGACUGCGGCUAGGAGAUCAAGCAUGCGGAAAAGCAAGUCAAAGUAUGCUGCUCAUCGUAUAUCCCCACAGGAGACCGAUAAUGGCGAGGAAGAAUUAUUGAGUCCCAUCAGUGAAGAAAGUGAGCCUAUGUCAAAGGAACAGGUGGAGGAAGAGGUGGGUGAUGAAGAGGAGACUGAGGAUCCAAUGGAAGAUGAUGAUGAUGGUGCAGUGGUAGCAAUGGAUGAAGGAGAGGGGAAGAGUUUGAGGUCUGGAGCUAUAGCUGAACGCAGUGAGUCCAGACCGUACAGCUCCAUCAUACACAAAUGUGAGGACUGUGGUAAGAAAUUCACCCACACUGGAAACUUCAGGCGGCACAUCCGCAUUCACACGGGUGAGAAGCCGUUCACCUGCAGAGACUGCAACAAGGCCUUCUCUGACCCGGCCGCCUGCAAAGCACAUGAAAAAACUCACAGCCCAUUAAGGCCGUACAGCUGUUCAACAUGUGGGAAGAGCUACCGACAGAUCAGCCUGCUGAACCUGCAUAAAAAGCGGCAUACGGGUGAGGCGCGCUAUACCUGCGACGAGUGCGGCAAACUCUUCACCACAUCGGGCAACCUAAAGCGCCACCAGCUGGUGCACAGCGGAGACAAGCCGUACCACUGUGACUACUGCAACCGCGCCUUCUCCGACCCCACUGCCAAGAUGCGCCACCUGGAGACACACGACACGGACAAAGGCCACAAAUGCCCACAGUGCGACAAGAAGUUCAAUCAGAUAGGGAACUUGAAAGCUCAUAUGAAGAUUCACAUUACUGAUGGACCUCUGAAGUGUAAAGAGUGUGGAAAGCAGUUCACUACAUCAGGAAACCUGAAGAGACACCUGCGAGUGCACAGCGGAGAGAAGCCCUUUGUUUGCAUGCACUGCCAGAGAGCUUUUGCUGACCCGGGUGCCCUGCAGAGACAUGUUCGCAUUCACACAGGGGAAAAGCCGUGUCUUUGUAUGAUCUGUGGAAAAGGCUUCACACAGGCCAGUUCACUGAUUGCUCAUGUUCGUCAGCACACUGGAGAGAAGCCAUACGUAUGUGACCGCUGUGGCAAAAGGUUUGUGCAGUCCAGCCAACUGGCCAAUCAUAUUCGCCAUCACGACAACAUACGACCACACAAGUGCCACACCUGCAACAAAGCAUUUGUCAACGUUGGAGACCUCUCGAAACAUAUCAUCAUUCAUACAGGAGAGAAACCUUAUCUAUGUGACAAGUGUGGGCGUGGCUUUAACCGUGUGGACAACCUCCGCUCUCAUGUUAAAACUGUUCACCAGGGCAAGGCAGGAAUGAAAAGACUGGUGAUGGAAGAGGACGACGCUGGAGAGGACAAGCUGCUCCCUUCCUCUGCCUCCGCCUCAGAACUGGAUGAGAAUGAAGUCAACAUUGUUACAGUUACUACAGAUGACAUUGUAACUUUGGCUACAGAAGCUCUGGCGGGUAGCGCUGUGGCACAACUGACUGUGUUGCCUGUAGCAGCAUCUGUAUGUGCAGAUGAAACAGAGGCUUUAAAAGCAGAGAUUACAAAGGCUGUGGAGAAAGUGCAGGAAGCUGAUCCAAACACUCAGAUCCUUUAUGCAUGCGACUCCUGCGGUGACAAGUUUCUGGACGCCAGCUCGUUAGCCCAGCAUGUCCGAAUCCACACAGCUCAGGCUUUGGUCAUGUUUCAGGCAGACUCAGAUUUCUACCAGCAGUAUGAGGCAGCGGAAGGGACCUGGCAGACCACUGAGCACGUCAUCCAGGGAGGAGAGCUCCUCUUCAGAAGGGAGGCAGAGGAAGACGCCAGCCAGGGAGAGAUGGCACAUCCUGAACAUCAGAGUGAGGAUGCGGAGGGAGAAGAGUCCCAAACCAAUGUUGAGGAAGGGAUUGUACAGAUUAGUGAAAGUCAGGCAUAGUCAAAUUGAUUCACGUCAGAAACAAACUGGGUGCGGUUUGAUAAAUAUGUUCAUACAUUCUGUAGGACUUUUAUGAAAACAAUCCUAGUGAUGUCUACAUAGCCCAACAUAGAAUAAUAGGCUAAACUGCUACCAAGCCAUCUAAAUCAAACAAGUGUAGUUUGUAUUUUAACAAAUACUAAGUUACAUAUUGUUUCUUUUUAAAUCAGCUUGGUUCAUUUAGAAUAAACUCUGACUGAAUAGCACAAAU